AGUACAAGUUUUCUACCUUAAGAGGAAGAAUUUGGAACGAAUAAAGUGUACAUGGGAUUAGUUAGCUAUUUAGCACGGUAGCAACAGCAGCUAAAGCUACACGAUUCCGCGGUUGCUAGGUAACCGAUGCUCUCCACGCAGUAAGCGGUUUAUAACAGUAAAUGACGGAUUAGUCUGUACAGAUCUGGAUCUAGAUUAUACCGUACCACCAUGCUGGUGCCAAUUUUUACCCUCAAGCUUAACCAUAAGAUUAACCCACGUAUGGUUACUGUGGGGAAGUAUGAUGGCAUUCAUCCAUGUCUGACUGCAGCUACACAAGCAGGCAAGGUGUUCAUCCAUAACCCUCACACUCGAGGACAGAGGCAAACAACCCAGCGACUAAGUCACAGUACCCAAGACUCGGACAUCUCCUUGCUUAACAUUAACCAGGCAGUGAGCUGUCUGACAGCUGGUACUCUGGGACCCAACACAACAGGAGACACACUUCUGGUUGGCUCCCAAACCAAUCUGCUAGCUUACGAUGUACAUGACAAUGCUGACAUAUUCUACAGGGAGGUGACAGAUGGUGCCAAUGCCAUUGUCUUAGGAAAGUUAGGAAACAUGCAGUCCCCCCUCGCCAUCAUUGGGGGGAACUGUGCGCUUCAAGGAUUUGACUUUGAGGGAAACGACCAAUUCUGGACAGUGACUGGUGAUAAUGUGAGAUCACUGAUGCUGUGCGACUUCACUGGUGAUGGGAAAAAUGAGCUUCUUGUGGGAUCAGAAGACUUUGACAUCAGGGUAUUUAGAGAAGAUGAGCUGGUGUCUGAGAUGACAGAGAAUGAGACAGUAACAUCGCUUUGUCACAUGCAUGGCAGCAGGUUUGGUUACGCUUUAGCCAAUGGAACAGUGGGAGUGUAUGACCGCACUGCCCGCUACUGGAGAAUCAAGUCAAAAAACCAUGCAGUAAGUAUCCAUGCCUUUGACCUGAAUGCUGAUGGAGUUGUGGAACUCAUAACCGGCUGGUCCAAUGGGAAGAUUGAUGCUCGGAGUGAUCGAACUGGUGAGGUGAUCUUCAAGGACAACUUCUCCUCGUCUGUGGCUGGUGUGGUGGAGGGAGACUACCGCAUGGAUGGUCAAACCCAGCUCAUCUGCACCUCUGUGGAGGGAGAAGUACGUGGAUACCUGCCAGCUAGUAAAGAGAUGAAAGGCAAUCUUAUGGAUGCAAGUGUAGAGCAAGACCUCAUUCGGGAGCUAAGCCAGCGCAAACAGAACCUGUUACUGGAGCUUCGCAACUAUGAAGAAAAUGCCAAGGCAGUGCCUGGCGUCUCUGAUGGAGAACCUCACAUGGGUGUUAUUCCUGCCAACACUCAGCUCCAAACGGCCUUGUCAGUUCGUGCAGCCACUGAAAGCCAGAGAGCCCACUUAGAGCUCAGCAUAUCGACUCCAAAUGAAACCAUCAUCCGAGCUGUGCUGAUUUUUGCUGAGGGCAUUUUUGAGGGCGAGAGUCAUGUGGUGCACCCAAGUGCUCAAAAUCUGUCUGGCUGCAUCUGUGUGCCCAUAAUUCCUCCUAAAGACAUUCCAGUGGAUCUGCAUAUUAAGACCUUUGUCGGUGGUAGGACAAGUACACAGUUCCAUGUGUUUGAGAUAACACGGCAGCUGCCUCGCUUCUCCAUGUACGACCUUCACGUUGAUCAGUCAGCGCCUCGGCCCUCAGGACGGGUCACGUUUAGCAUAAACGACAGGCCUCAGAGGGUUGUCAUGUGGCUGAACCAGAACUUUUUGCUACCAGAAGGCAUUAACAGCCCAGAUGUAGCCUUCACGUCACUGCGUGGAGGAGGACUCUUGGUUAUUAACAUGCACAGUAGUGGCGAGAUAACACUGAAUACAGAUGACAUUGACCUGGCUGGAGACCUAGUGCAAUCACUGGCUACGUUCCUGGCUAUUGAGGAUUUGCAAGCAGAGGCUGAUUUUCCCACUUACUUUGAAGAGCUUCGAAUGACUCUUACAGAGGUGGAUGAGUUCCACUCUGUCCAUCAGAAGCUGACAGCAGCAAUGGCAGAUCAUUCUAGCCACAUCAGAAAUAUGCUGGUGCAGGCGGAGGAUGCCAGGCUGAUGGGAGAAUUAAGGACCAUGAAGAAGCGCUACAUUGAGCUGUAUGAUCUUAACCGAGACCUGAUCAAUGAAUACAAGAUUCGUUCCAACAACCACAAUGCAUUAUUGGCCCGACUUAAAGCUGUCAACCAGGCAAUUCAGCGAGCCGGUAAGCUGAGAGUGGGAAAACCAAAGAACCAGGUCAUCACUGCCUGCAGGGACGCCAUCAAAAACAACAACAUAAAUGCCCUUUUCAAGAUCAUGCGAGCAGGGACUGCUUCCUCGUGAGGAAGACUUGAGGAGAUUAACUGUAUUUUCUACAGGAAUGAGCACUGGCUUCAGGAAGAUCAGACAGAGAAAGUCUAGAAGCCAUUUUUUACUAAGUAUUGGAAGAGCCUGCAGGAAGGACUAUGUACCACAGGCCUUAUUGUGGCAACACUUCUAUGUAGAUGAGUAACUGAAUGUUGUAGAAGUGGAAGCCAAAGCAAUCAUUUGUCAGGGAAAAGUUUAAUGUAUUAGAAUAUUUAUAUCUGUGUAUGUAUAGGUACUUUAUAUUGUGUUUGUGUAAAAUCCUAAAUAUUUGGAAACUUUUUGCAAGGUCUGGCAUUUCUAUUUAGGGUUCCAUAGAUUAUUAAAUGUCUUCUACUACAUUACAAGCAUCAGCAGUAUUUCAGUGUGGGGGUUAAACAGGGUAAAAUGUAAAAAUCCCAGCAAACACAACUACAUGGUCACAAUGUAACAACAAGCUAAUUCUGACAUUUACAACAUUGUAUGGACAUAGAAACUUAUAGGGGUUGUAACAAUGUUGUUUUGCAACAAUACACCGAUCAGCCAUAACAUUAAAACCGCCUACUUGUU